CACACCGCCUCCCACCUCCGCGUCUCCAUCCUCCGCGUCUAUGGCGACUCCCAGCUCGUUGUCAACCACGUCUCGGCGGAGUGGUACGCCCGGAGCCCUCUCACGCAGGUGCUGUGGCGCCUUAGCCGCGAGAGAUUUAGCUCUUUCUCGAUCGAGCGAGUGCCCAGCUAUGGAUAUAACGGCGCCGCGGAUGUGUCGCACGUAGCUGCGAGCUUGCGCUCGGAUUUCUGCCGCACCGGUGGCACUCGCGUGUUUUGAUUCGACUCUUGCUAGGAAUGUAGCUGUCGAUCGAUCGAAUCGAUCGAGUUCUUCCGAGGAACACGAUCACCAUUUCGUUCGAAAUAUUUUCAAGGCCUAGGGUACAAUGCUAGUGAAUCUUGUCCAAUGCCAUGGCGGCAGCGCCUUGGAUCGCGCAGCGCGCUCCCGCUCGGAAUCGCCAGUUCUUCGUGGCGCCAGGACGGAUUCCAUCGGAUUUGCCAGGAAAUCUGUGAGCAGGGUCUAUGUCUUGGACGUCCAUCCGCUGUGCUACCGCGGGAGCAAGCCGGAUUCCAGCGAGUUUUUGUGGUGGAUGAGAGCGUUUCUUCGCAGGAUUGUGCUUGACGAUCCAGUGAUUGCUGUUUUCGAUGGCGAAUUUGGGAAUGACUAUAGGAGAAAAAUUCUUCCUGCUUACAAGGCUGGAAGGAGGAAAUUCAAGCCUCUAGAUCCGAGCUUCAAAUGGACAAGAGGUUUAGAGGCGAGUUUCUCUCGUUUCCAAUGCUUUCUUCGACAGUGUAACAUACCUGUUGUGAAAGUUGAUAAUGCUGAAGCGGACGACGUCAUUGCGACACUAGCUCGGCAAGUUAACGACAGGAGUUUGAAAGCAGUCAUUGCAUCCCCGGAUAAAGAUUUCAAGCAGCUCGUUUCGGAAAACGUCGAGCUGCUGAUUCCGUUCGCGGAUCUACGAAGGUGGUCAUUUUACACAGUCAAGGAUUACGUUGAACAACACAAAUGCGAGCCUGGGAUUGAAUUGGGACUUCGAUGCUUGCUAGGGGAUGCUGCUGAUGGUGUUCCCGGUGUGCCUGGGUUUGGACGGAAAACAGCUCUGAAACUUAUGAGGAAGCACGGCUCGCUAGAAAAUCUAUUAAGUGCAGCGGCAUUUCGGACGGUUGGGAAGCCCUACAUACAAGAUGCUCUCAAGGAGCAUUCCGUGUUGCUUGAGAAAAACUUGGAAGUUUUGUCCUUACGCAGAGAUAUUGACGUAGAGCUGGUGCUUGUCGAGGGAUAAGUCAAGCGA